AACGUCCCCUCCCCCCAUCACGCGGAGAUCCGCUGUGGAAUAACGUUUUCGUAUUCGGGCGGUUUCACUUCCCGCGCGCGACGACCUGCGAGAAAGUGUUAGUGUUUUGGUUCGCGCCCUCGCGAUAAGUAAGCGGGCUUUGUUCGUCUCUCGGAAGUGCUAGAAAAAAGUAAAAUGGCAGAGGCGCUGAAACCGGGAGAAGAGAUAAAACCUCCCGUGACGGAUGAUGAGCUUCCGGAUUUAGUCGAGUCCCUUUACGGACUAAAAAUUACGGAGUGCAAGGAACUGGUCAGCUAUGAUGAUAAAAAUUACCAUAUACAGGUUUCGGAGACGUAUUCUAAUAACUACAUAUCCGAAUUACCAGAGUCCGGGUUUGUUUUGAAGAUCCUAAAUUCAAUGAGCUCUGCCAAUAUCGAUCUCAUCGAGGCUCAAAACGCAGUCAUACAAAGAAUAAGAGAUAAUCAAAAGACAUUCAAGCACAUCCUCUUUCCGAAGUUGGUAAAAACUCGAUGCGGAAAGGAAUACAUUCUUCAAGAAUUAGGCGAACCCGGGAAAAAGUAUGCGGUGCGGCUGUUUGAAUACAUUCCUGGAAAUAUACUGCAUGGCGUGUCCAGUAUACCCUUAACUUUAUUCGAAGAGAUAGGCUCUACAGUAGGCAGGAUAGACUUAGUGUUGAAGGGCUUUUGGCACAAGGGCUACCAAGAAACGAAGACGGUGUGGAUGCUGGAUCACAUUGAAUCGCUGGAACCGUUUUUGUACGCUGUAAAGAACGAGGGUGACCGCACCCUGGUAUCUGAAGUCAUCGACACCUUCCAGCAAACUGUCAUGAAACAUUACGAUCAGUUCUCGAAAGGGGUCAUCCACGGGGACUUCAACGAGUCGAACGUCAUCGUGGGUCGGCACUCAAACUGCGACGCCGGCGACCUCCACGUCAUGGGAGUUCUCGACUUCGGCGACACUUGCUACUCGACGUACCUCUUCGAGCUGGCCAUCACGAUCACCUACGCCAUCCUCCAGGCGGACGAUCUCAUCGCCGGAAAACACGUCCUCAAAGGCUACACUAAAGUCAACCCCCUCUCUCAGCUCGAACUCCAGUUCCUUAAGAUAUGCAUCUGUGCACGUUUGUGUCAGGUCUUAACAUUGGGUGCCUAUAAUCCUCUUCAAGAUCCAGAAAACACAUACGUUGCCGGAAAUCGUCCAAAAAAGUGGCGGUAUUUGAGACUGCUUUGGCCGAUGGAUUCCAACGCAUUAUUGCACAUGUGGACUCAUGAAGACUGACGAGGUUCACAGUAGCAGAGUAUAAUAUUUCUUAAAAAAUGCAAUUUCAGUGAACAGUGGCAGUAGCUAAAAAAACAUACUCAUACGCUACUUCCAAAUUAUCUGUAGGCACUUUCAUGCGAAAAUGUGAAUGAAAAAUUCCAGAACAAUAAUACGAUUAUUUUUAAUACAUUUAGAUUCGCGUCUGACAAUGCAUUAACACCAGUUAAGUUAGAAAAUUGUCUCCAACACGCUACAAAAAGUUUUGCCAGAGACAAAUCUCAUCCUGGUUGUAGGUCCUUUUCAGAAAUAUUUAAUAUUUUUUGACAAACUUGAAGAUUUGUGGGCAAGAUAACCCUCUAGGAUAAAAAAAAAAAAAUUGCCAAGGUCUAACUGGCUAGAAAGCUUUGUGUCGUUGGAAAAAAGGAAAUUUCUUCAACGAUACAAAUUGUUUGUUUCAGGGUCUAUGUUUUAAACACUCUCCCAUCAAUUAAUAAAGUAAUAAUUGCUCUAUACUUAGAUCAGAACAAAUCAUUAUUUGGACUACAUGUUGCGAUAAAGAGGAACACAACAUCUGACUCAUUUCAGAAACAACAUAUGUGCAUGAUGUUCACCAUGUGCAGAUGGGCGCUGUCAUAAAUGAAUCAGAACUAGUUCCUCAUUGCAAAAUUUAGUCCAUUUUGAAUGUACCUACAAGUACCAAGAAAUAUGGGUUUUCUUCAUCUGUGCCUUAAUUUAGUCUUUUAAGUGCCAAAGCACAUAUGUAAUUAUUUCUUAAGUGUUUGUUAAAAAUAUUCCCCUUAUAUGUGCCUACCUUGAGAAAUUGUGAAUUGAUGUCACUUUUUUGUCUCCAAUGAAAUGAAUAAAAAUUUAUUUUAUCGAGA